GAAUGUGUGUCAGGUGAGGUAUUUCUACCAUGGGUAGGAGGACGAGGGCAGUGCAGGUGUGCUGGGGGAUGAAAACCCCUUUUAGAUGGAGGAAUGAGACAAGGGCCGGGAAAGGACCUUCUAAGGUCCCUUCCAAUCCAAACCAUGCUGUGAUUCUAUGAACGGAUGGGUGUCCCGGCCCUCAACUCGCAGCAGACCCAGCAUGGCUGGCGGGGAACACAACCUCAUUGUGGCCUCUUUGCUCUGUCUGUGCCCAUUUUAGGGCCCGAUAUUUGUGAGCAAGCAGGCAAGUGAUUGAGCCGGUGCACCCCACACCAAACACUGCUGUUUGCGAUGGGUCUGCGGGCAGCUGAAAGGCUUUUCUAAAGCAGCGCUGGCUCAUAAGGAAAUAGAGAGGGUGGGUGCGAGGUCACUCCACAGAGCUUUGGGGUGAUUUGUCAUGGGGGGAAUGAGCCAAAGCAAAGAGCGAGCAGAGCUGUGGCUGCGAUGCGCCUUGCAAGGGGGAAUUCUGGAGUUAGGAGGAAUGAGUAAUAUCUGAUCGUGAAAAGAAAAAGAAGAAAAACAGCCCAAGAAAACCUGCAGGCAGGCAAAAAGGAGCGUGGGGGGAAUUGACGAUAUCUUUGCAAGACCCGGCUUCGUAGGAAGGGGAAAACGGAGCCACUUUCAGGAAGCCAAGUCCGGAGCCGCUUUUUAUCGUCAGCGUUGCAAGUGCAGGCAGCAGCGUCAGCAGGGAACAGCGUGGCCAAAACCCACCCGAGCCCGGGCCCUCCCGCCGCUCACUUCUCCUCUGGUGCGGCUCAAAUAGGGGCCGCGUGUGGGGCGGGAUGGGCUGGCAUGGCGGCGCGGGCUGCCCUGCUCCUGGGGGUGCUGCUGGCCACACACCCCCCCGGGGACGCAGCUCUCCUGGAAGCCAACGGCAACCUGAGCUGCCGCUGCGCCAAGACGACCAGGAGCUUCAUCCCCCCGCGCAGAUACAGCAGCGUGGAGGUGCGGCCCGCGGGGAGCAGCUGCCGGCGCCCCGAGGUCCUGAUUAAGCUAAAAAGCCUUGAGAGGGUCUGCGUGGAUCCUGACACCCCUUGGGUGAGAAAACUCCUGCAGGACCUCCCGAACCUGAGGAAGAGAGCGGCUCCCCGCUGAGGAAGCUGCUGCCGAUGGGACAGCCAGAUGUGCCAGGCCCACAGCUGGGCUCCCCCGCCCCGCUGUCCCCUCGCCCUGGCGCGGAGGGCAGCGUGCUGCUGCGUGAUGCCCUGCGCCCCUUUGCUCUUUGUGUUUUGUACACCUAAGCAGUUGUGAACGCUGCUCCCCUGUCCCCUUCCUCCCACCAUGCGCCCCGUGGUCCCUGUGCCACCAGCAAGGAGCCGGGUGUCCCCCAGGGCACAACCACAGCUCCAAUAAAGGCCAUGGCUCUUGGUCCCUG